UUGUUACGAUGUAUAAACUAUGCCUCCAUCUAGGUCAUCUAAAUCAUAUAUAUACAUUUACCUCUUCCAAUUUCAAACCCAUCAGCAAUAUCAAUUGAUGCUUUGCACUUCUUCAUCUAUAUUUAUCAUACUUAUACAACUCAAUUUAUAUAAUAGCUAGAGCUAUAUUCUUACUUAUGCAACUGAAUUUAUCCUAAGGUGAAGCUUUUGGAAGUCUUUGUUUAUAUUGUGAUUACAUCAGCUACAAGUAAAAUCACAAUCGUGAUUGCAAUACAAAAUCUUAAUGUUAUAUAUUUUUUCUUUCACGGGUAUUUUUUGACCUAUUGGAUCUUAAAUUAUCUGUUCACGAUAUUGUGAUUAUCGUUGAUUAGAAGAGUUUUCGAUCGAGGCAUUAAAGAAGGUGUGUUACCACUUGAAAGUUAUCUUGAUCGCACUUGUAGCUGCAUUUGUCUAUUGUUUCUUGCAAUAUUAAGGAUCAUAGCGAAAAUCACCUUGACCUCAACCUCAACCUCAAAUUGAAACCUUGCUUUUGAUUACAUGAUGGACAAGAUGAGUCAAUAUGUACGUGUGUUCAAUCACUUUGAUGAGAAUGGAGACGGCAAGAUAUCACCAUCGGAGUUGCGGCAAUGUGUGGAGGCGGUCGGCGGCGAGUUGUCGUUGGAGGAGGCGGAGGCGGUGGUGGAGCUUCUAGACUCGGACAAGGACGGGUUAGUGGGGUUGGACGAUUUUGUGAGGUUUGCGGAGGAAGGGGAGGAGGAAGAGAAAGUGAAAGACCUAAGAGAGGCUUUUAAGAUGUAUGAAAUGGAGGGGUGUGGUUGCAUCACGCCAAAGAGUCUCAAGAGGAUGCUUGGGAGAUUGGGAGAGUGCAAGAGCAUAGAUGAGUGUAAAGUUAUGAUCGCUAGAUUUGACCUAGAUGGGGAUGGGGUACUUAGUUUUGAUGAAUUUAGGGUCAUGAUGUUGUAACAUUACCUUAAUAGUUCAUUGCUUCUUUACUAGUUUGCUUUGGCUUUUGGCCAUGUGUUAGGAUUUAGGAACAACAUACGCCAUCAUGUGUGUGUACCUAUAUAUAUAGGGUACCCUUUUGUUGGCAGAUUUUAUUGGAAUUAAUUGAUACUUGAGGAAGUUGAAAAAUUAAUGUUUGA